AUGUCGGGCUAUCCCUUCUCACGCCGCUCUCCCUGUCUUUCCUGCGCCCCCUCCCGUGCGUCCGCCGUGGCAGAUCAUCGACGUGUUGCACCCCGGCAAGGCCAACGUGUCCAAGCUAGGGCCGUUCCCGCUUUGCAGUCCUCACCCCUUCCUGCCAUUUAUACCGCGUCCCUACUUGCGCAGUUUGUCAUUCUGUUUCCUGCGUUUCAUCCGUCCCUAUCCCCUCCUGUCUCACUUGCCUAUCUCUACUUUCCCUUCACUCCCCCGCUUUCCUUGCGCCCCUGUUUCUCCGCGCAUCUUCUCUCCACAGCCCCGUCCCGUUAUAAUGUCCGCCCCUGCCCCAGUUCCCCCUCCCGUCUCCCUUGCCCCUCUCCACACUUCUCAACCCCUUCACUACCCCUCGCUUUUGCGCUUCUGCUUCUCCCCGCACCUUCUCUCCACUGCCCGUCCCCUUUGAAUGUCCGUGCCCCACUCUAUCCCCCCAUUUCCCGCCCCACACCCCCCCUCUCCCCUUCUCCUCUUGUCCUCCCUGGAGUCGUAGUUGAUCAAAAUCACAUCCCUCUGUUCCGGUUCCCCAUCCCUCCCCCCUCUUUCUCUCCCCUUCUCUUUCUCCCUCCCCUCCCUCCCAUUUCCCCAUCCCUUUCCCCGCCCCUUCCUCCUCUCUCCCCCCCGCCCCUUCCCGCUACUCCCCCCCCGCCGCUCCCUCCUGCGCUUCCGCCUCCCCUUCCGCGCGUCUCCGCGCGCCAGUCGGAGCUGAAGGAGAAGCUGGGCGCCAUCUACGAGAAGAGCGACCUGUCGUGCAUCUUCGUGUUCGGCUUCCGCACGCAGUUCGGUGGCGGCAAGUCCACGGGCUUCGGGCUCAUCUAUGACAACCUCGAGGCCGCCAAGAAGUUCGAGCCCAAAUACCGCCUCGUCAGGUCCACGAGCUUCGGGCUCAUCUACGACAACCUCGAGGCCGCCAAGAAGUUCGAGCGCAAAUACCGCCUCGUCAGGGUGAGCACUGAGCAGCUGAGAGGUCGUGGGUUCGAGUCCGGUAGGAGAGGGUGUUCUUUAGGUGAAUCUACUGGCAGCAGCAAGUCCACGGGCUUGGGUUUCAUUUACGACCAGCUCGAGGCCGGCAAGAAGUUUGAGCCCAAAUACCGCCUAGUCAGGGUGAGCAGCUGA